AUGUUAACACAAUCAAGAUCGUUAAUUGAAAGUUCUUCUUCAGCAAGUGUAACUGGUAAGAGAACUUAUAACAAGUCAACUGAACCAGCAUCUACGAAUACUACUACUACUAUAAAAAAGAUGACAAAUUUUAUAAAAAAAAUGUCUGGUACUAAUACUAAAGUAGUUCAUAAAAGGUUUGUUAAUCUGACUCAAGAUAGUGAUAAUAGAAAAUAUGGAUUUAAUACUAAAGACUAUUAUGAUAAUAAAAGCAAUGAUAACUCUCACUAUGGUAAUAGCUUUGAUUUUUUUGAUACUCACAAUAAUAUUGACGAACUUGACUAUAAUCAUAAUGACACUGAAGUUAAAGUUUGUGUUCUACUGAUUAAUGAUCUGUAA